AUGAGGAGCAUGAGGGUUGUUGGGAUUGGGAAUGCCAGAAAGGAAAGAAAAGGAAAGGAAAUGCGUGUAUAUCGUGUAUUGGUGCUGAAUCCUGUCGAGCCAGAAAACAUUCUGCCCACCAAUUUCUGUCUAGCUAGAAGAAAGGUGUCAAAAUGGGAAGGCUGUGCUUGGUGUGGUGAGACGGAAUCAUCGAGCCAUGUGUUAUGGGAUUGUAAGGCUGCUGCAGAGGUUUGGAAGGAAUCGGGUCUCAAUUUGCCUAGGUGGAAGAAUGAUCAUAGGGAUUUCAUUGAGGUGUUUUGGAAGCUAAAAGAGGAAGCAAAAAAUAUAGAUUGGGUCGAGUUUGCAACGACGGCAUGGAGCAUAUGGAGUAACAGAAAUCGUUACAAGCAUGAGGGGAAGUUCAAGCCGGGGAAGAUGGUAGUCAAGGAGGUGACCAGAUAUGUAGAGGAGUUUCGACAAGGCUUCACUUCAAACUCAACCACUUCCAAGCAGCCCCCUAGGCGUGAUUCCCAAUGGAGACCCCCAGAUGCUGGACGGUAUAAGGUAAAUGUUGAUGCAGCAGUGUUUAAGGAGGCAGGUAGUUGUGGAGUGGGGGUGGUAGUAAGAAAUGAAGAAGGUUGUUUGAUGGGGGCUAUGAGCAGAAAGCUUCCUUUUCCCUUGGGGCCUUUAGAAGCAGAGGCAAGGGCAGCAGAGGAGGGGAUUGUGUUUGCAAGGGACCUUGGCCUUAAUGAAGUGGUCAUCGAAGGAGACGCAAAGACAGUCAUGUCUGCACUAGCAAACUCAGAUUUUCUGCAUACCCCAUCCUCAAUUCAGAAAGUAAUGGAAGGGGCGAAGUUCAGGCUGCAGGCUUUCAAGUCAUGGCAGUCCAAACAUGUUCACAGAAGCUGUAAUGUAGCAGCUCAUAUGCUUGCAAAGCAUGCUUGUAAUGUUAUAGAUAGUUUAAUUUGGGUGGAGGAUACUCCCCCAAUGAUUUCAGCUCAGAUCAGUAUGGAUGUAGCAAAUUUGGGUUUAUCCCUCAAUUAA